GCUUCAGGACAGACCUGUCCUGACUUGCAGCCUUGGUCACCCAACAAUUCCAGGGCCUGCAAAGGAGAGAUUUAUGACUUCUCUGACCUUGCAAAUUGCUGAGUCAGAUGGUGAUGUUUUUUUGCUGCAUUCCCAGGCUAUAAAGAACCCUGUGGGUUCUCCUGCUAUGGCCCUGUCCCGGCAUGAUACUCAUCCCCAGGCUGCAGCGAGAGGGAGCAGCUGGUGCUGAAUGUGCUGAGGGUCGCUUCUCCACAUCCUUCUCCCUGGGAGGGGUGUGAUAUCCCCGGCUUCCCGAGGGCAGCACACCAGCCCUGGAGGCUGCAGCCUUGCCAAGCCCCAGCGGGAUCAGCCAGGGGGACAGUGCCAUGGCUGAGAAGAUGUCACCGAGCCCCGGCGGGGGCAUCACGCCUCUGCAGCAGAUGCUGGCCUCGGGGACAGGUGCCAUCCUCACCUCCCUGUUCGUGACGCCGCUGGACGUGGUGAAGAUCCGGCUGCAGGCCCAGAGGACUCCCUUCUCCAAAGUGUUGGCAGCGCAGUCAGUGCCCUGGGGCGCUCAGCCGGCCACAUGGAAGUGUUUCCUGUACUGCAAUGGGCUCAUGGACCACCUGUACGUGUGCCAGAAUGGCAAUGGCUGCACCGCCUGGUACAAGGCCCCCGGCCACUUCACCGGCACGCUGGAUGCCUUUGUGAAGAUCACACGCUAUGAGGGCAUCAGAUCUCUGUGGAGCGGCUUGCCGCCCACCCUGGUGAUGGCUGUGCCAGCCACCGUCAUUUACUUCACUGCCUAUGACCAGCUGCGGGACUACCUGCACGCCCGGAUGGGGAGCUGGAGCCACUGCAUCCCCCUGCUGGCUGGGGCCCUCGCCAGGCUGGGUGCUGUGACAGUCAUCAGCCCCCUGGAGCUGAUCCGCACCAAGAUGCAGUCCCAGCAGCUGAGCUACCGUGAGCUGCGUGUCUGUAUCCAGUCAGCAGUGGCACAGGAUGGCUGGCUGUCCCUCUGGAGAGGCUGGGGCCCCACCGUGCUGCGGGACGUGCCCUUCUCAGCUCUGUACUGGUUUAACUACGAGCUGGUGAGGACGUGGCUCUGCAGGCAGGCCUGGCUGGACGGGGCCACCUUCAUGGUCAGCUUCGCAUCCGGGGCCAUCUCUGGCACGGUGGCUGCAGUGCUGACACUGCCCUUCGACGUGGUCAAAACCCAGCGGCAGAUCGAGCUGGGAGACAGUGAGGUGCACCCAGUCACAGCCUCCAAGCCUUCCUCCACCUGGCUGCUCAUGCAGCGGAUCCGUGCCGAGUCUGGCACCCGGGGGCUCUUUGCAGGGUUCCUGCCCCGUGUCAUCAAGGUGGCACCUGCCUGCGCCAUCAUGAUCAGCACCUAUGAAUUUGGCAAGAGCUUCUUCCAGAAGCUGAACCAGGAGCAGCAGCUGCGGGGAUUGUGAGGAGGCCUGGGGCAGGGCUGGAUGUGGCCAUGGC